AAACCCUUUUCCCCCUAAACUCAUCCCCUCCCUCUUCUAACCGUUAUCUCUUCCUUCAGCCGCUGUUCUGACCAUCCUCGCUUUGGGAAUCAUUUCCACCACCCAGCCAGGAACCCUAAAUACCUCCGCUUUUCCGAAAUUAUAUCUCUUUCCACCUUCAAUCGCUUGUACGCCCUUCGCGUCGCCACCACAAGCCCUCUCGUGUCUCGUGACCGUUGUGAGAAUGCAGGGAAGCAGGUGAACCAACCGCCGAUUACCGACAAACAAAUAAUCCGCCUCCCCGCGUUCUCUUCACCAGCGUGAAUCUUCACGGGGGAGCACUGCCAUCUGAUCUUUGCUUCUCCGAUCCAGUUUCUCACGGCCAGAUGAGGUUCACAAUUGCAACUGGAGUAUUAUUCGGACUAUUGCAAAGCCCGAUCUAAGGAUCUGCGAUGACCGUGUGGUUCAUGGCGAUUGAAGAGGUUAUCGCUUCCAAACUCGUAAAGCGCUCUACUUAAAGCCUCUACUUAGCCUCUGUUUGGAUCGGUGAAUUUGGAGGGGAAAGGGAGGAGAGAGGGACAAAUGUCUCGAUGGUAACAGGUUAGUGAGUAUUAAUUAAGCGAGUUUUGACUCUAAUUCAUUAAAGACGAAAGCCAGUCGAGUGAAUUUGGUGUGUUUUGAGUUAGGAUUUAUGGUAUAGAUUGAAUAAGGUUGAGAAAACUAGGGAAAGUUUGAAUUGGAUCUGACAGAUCCAAAAGGUUUGAGAAAAAUGAAAUCCCUUAUCGGAGGGAUUUCUUUGGAGGGGAGGGGGGAAGAAUCCAACCACCAAACUUCUAUAUAACACAGGUUGCUCAAGGGUCUAUGGGGGGAUUUUUUUGAAAUUUUUCUUUUUGUUAAUGAGUUUUAUUACGUUCUAAACCUUAUUCAAUAUACAAAGUUAAGCCUGUCAGAGUUGCAGAGAUGGAGGUUGCGAUGAUAGGAGCUGAUGUGAAGAGAGAGAAUGGGAAAGUAAGGUUGCAGAUGGAUUUCAAUUGGGAAUGAGGGAGUGAGUGAGCAUGAAAUUUGACCAGUCAAAUGGCAGAUAGAUGAGAGAGAAGAAAAAGAAGUCUGUAGUUGAUGUAGAUGAGGGUAUUUUAGUCUUAAUCAAAAUAAAAAAAUUAUUAUUGAAAUAAUUAUAAAAUUCAGUAAAGAUACUCUUUUAAUUAAGUCUUAGUCUCCUUCAACUUCAAGUACCUAACAACUUCAAAAAUAUAAGAGAGAGAGAGAGAGAGAGUAUGUUGGUGCCACUGCAACACUAUUCUCUUGUCAUUAAAAGCCUAAAGGCAAAGGGACACCCAAAAGGACUACCAACUAGAGAGGCGCUGAAAUCAUUCUUAUUGGGUCGUGUUUAAACAUCUUUUAAUAUUAACUUUUUCCUUUCUUUUUCUUUCCAUUUUUUCCUUUACUAAUUUAAAGGAAAUGUAGGAACAAUGAAGAUUAAAAUUGGAAUAUCGACUCUAACUAGGGAAAAAUAGGAAAGCUAUGGUCCUGCUGUGAUUACAUCUUCCCCUGAAUUUUGCUUUUGUGACUUCAUCUGGCUGCAAUUUUCAGGUAAACUCUUUCUUCAUUUUUUUUUCUUUCGUUUUGAUUCGACGAUCUCCUCUUCUUCUUCCUCCCAUCUUUUCUUCUUCCUCCGUUCCCCACUAGAAUCAUUGUUCAAAUAUAUAUGACUUGAAUACAAAAUGCCCCCAAGUUUGUACCAGACCGCGAAAUGUGAUGUUUUCGUUGUUCUUUUUAUUUUUUUUUCGCUAUUCUUUUUUCGUUUUUUUAUCGGUUUAGAGAGGAAACAUUCAUAGGAUUGUCAUGAAUACCAGAAAUUUUAUUCAUUGUUUUGCUGUUCUUUGUCACAAGUAGCUGAAAUUUUAUUCAUCCCCUUGCCGUUCUUUUUCUUCUUGUUUCCUUAGAGAAACAGACGAGUGUCAUGGAUACUAGCAAUUUUAUUAUUUUUGAAAGUGAAAUCAACUUUAACCGUAAUA